AGCUGCAAGGAGCUGUCGCUUCUCGAGCUUGAAGAUGGCGGUGUCCGUGUUCCGCGGCGUGCGGCUCCUUUCAAUCGGAGACGCUAAUGGAGACAUACAAAGACAUUCUGAGCAGCAGCCCUUACGACUAGACGUGAAAACUACCCAAGAUGCGGCCCUCAUAAGUCUAUACAACAAUGAGGAUGCGUGUGUGUUCAAAUGCUCCAUAUCCCAGGACACGGAGUGUAGCCGCGUGGGGAAGCAGUCUUUCAUCGUGACUCUGGGCUGUAACAGUGUCCUGCUGCAGUUCUCCUCUCCCGCAGAUUUCUCGUCUUUCUAUAACCUGCUGAAGAACUGCCGUGGACAUCGGGGUGAGCGCUCUGUCUUCAGUGAGAGGACAGAGGAGUCAUCAGCUGUACAGUACUUUCAGUUCUAUGGCUACCUCUCUCAGCAGCAGAACAUGAUGCAGGACUAUGUUCGGACCGGGACCUACCAGCGAGCCAUCCUCCAAAACCACACAGACUUCAAGGACAAGGUGGUGUUGGAUGUUGGCUGUGGUUCGGGUAUUCUUUCCUUCUUCGCUGCUCAGGCUGGUGCCAGGAAAGUGUAUGCAGUGGAGGCCAGCACCAUGGCUCAGCAUGCUGAGGUGCUGGUGAACAGUAACCGGCUGACAGAGCGUGUGGUGGUAAUCCCUGGGAAAGUGGAGGAGGUUUCUCUGCCUGAGCAGGUGGACAUCAUCAUAUCAGAGCCAAUGGGAUACAUGCUUUUUAAUGAGAGGAUGCUAGAGAGCUACUUGCAUGCCAAGAAGUUCCUGAAACCUAACGGAAAAAUGUUCCCCACCAUCGGUGACGUUCACCUGGCUCCCUUCACAGAUGAGCAGCUCUACAUGGAGCAGUUCACCAAGGCCAACUUCUGGUACCAGCCAUCAUUCCAUGGCGUGGACCUGUCUGCACUGAGAGGGGCAGCAGUGGAUGAGUAUUUCAGACAGCCCAUUGUGGACACGUUUGACAUCAGGAUCUUAAUGGCCAAGUCAGUGAAAUACACAGUCAACUUUCUGGAGGCCAAAGAGGAGGAUCUGUACAAGAUAGAGAUCCCUUUUAAAUUUCAUAUGAUGCAUUCAGGCUUGGUGCAUGGUCUGGCCUUCUGGUUUGACGUGGCAUUCAUGGGAUCAGUGAUGACAGUGUGGUUGUCCACAGCCCCCACUGAACCGCUGACUCACUGGUACCAGGUGCGCUGCCUGCUGCAGUCUCCUCUGUUUGCCAAGGCCGGGGACACCAUGUCGGGCACUGCCAUGCUCAUCGCCAACAAGAGACAGAGCUAUGACAUCAGUAUUGUUGCUCAAGUGGACCAGACAGGCUCAAAGUCCAGCAAUCUCCUGGACCUGAAGAAUCCCUUUUUCCGGUACACAGGCACCACACCUGCCCCCCCUCCAGGAUCCCACUACACCUCCCCAUCUGAGAACAUGUGGAACACCGCAGGGGCUUACAGCAUGAGCCAAGGGAUGCCUGCCGCCUAUGACCUCAGCACUGUCAUCGGAGGCAGCGGCUCCACGGUGUCUCACAACAACCUCAUCCCCCUCGUGAACACAGGAAUUGUGAACCACACUCACUCCAGAAUGGGUUCCAUCAUGAGCACGGGAAUCGUCCAGGGUGCCACCACUGGCCAGCAGGGCUCCAGCAGCAGCAGCAGCCACUACCCAGUUACCAACCAGUUCACUAUGGGAGGACCAGCCAUCUCCAUGGCCUCUCCCAUGGCCAUCCCCAGCAACACCAUGCACUAUGGGAGCUAAGGCCCCCCCAGCCCUGGCCCUGCAUGUCCAAACUCCCAGCCUGACCACAGCCCAAACCAGUCUACCAAAACCAGCGCUGGAAUAUCUGGUCCCUUCCUUAACUUACUCCCUACACACACACACACACACACGUACAUGACUCCCUUUCUGUAUCUGCCACAAUGUUUCACUCAGACAUAUCCGUCCCCCCCUGCCCCGUGACACACACACACACACACACACAUACUCACUCACUCACUCACUCACUCACUCAGCAAGUCAGAGGUGCGUCGCUGUAACUCUUCUCCCCCAGGUUGCAGUUCAGCAGUCCAGCCACAGGGAGGCAGCACAUUUGUUGUUGAAAGGCUGAUGAGCACAACCUGACCCACAGACUCUCAGACUUGAGACUGAAAUGCUAUGGACGUGGACUCGGGCGUCGAUGGGACAGUUUUUAUAUACACACACGCACACAUACACGCACAGGCACACGCACACACUGACACACACACGUAAACACACAGGGCAAGAGACAUUGUUGCAAAGAGUCUUGUUGCAAAGAAGUUUCAUAGCUUGUCAGUGGAAUCCCUGACUUUUAGGCCCCUGUCCCUCCGACCUCAUUUUUCUGAUUUUCUCUCUCUCCCUCUCUCUGUGUCUCUGUGUCCCUGAUGGCUGUGUUUUGGGGGAGGGGCGGGACUGGCUGCAAUCAUGUGAACUGCACUAUUCAUUUCCCCCGGAGUUCCAGCUCCUCCAUCUCUCUGAACCUGUCUCCAAUCUCUCUGGACUUCACCCUUCACUGCGGAACAAGAAGGCAUGCACGCUCGCUGUUAGCAAACAUUAGAGCAUGUUUCAAAGCUGUCUGUAGAGAAUCCUAGCUGUAGAUAGAUACCUCUGAUAGUUCAUUCCACUUUGAGAGUGUCACCAAUUCCGUCUCUGUUGAACAAUUCCACAUAUAUGUGUGGCCAGGUGUUUCUCAGAGAGAGUAGUGAGCAACCUCUCUGUCCCCCUCUCUCCCUUCCCCCAAUCAAACAUAACCUCCUUCAGUUGGAACAUAUGAAUUGCGUUUGGGUUGCUUGAGAGGACAGAACAGUUUGAGCCUGAUGCUGAUCUUCACUGUGCAUGUCCCAUCAGUAAGGUUUACACAGGUGAGAAAUGGACUGGGUGGUUCUGGUCAGGCUGAAAAGGCAGAUACAUGGGCACACACUGAGGCAGUGCAGGCAUUUGAAUCAGCAGUAGCCUCGUUUACACUCUCAUCAGUCCUUCAGUCUCUUGGCCCUGUGUGGUGUGUGCAGAAUGCUCAGCCAUGUCUCUCCCUCUCUCUGUCUCUCUCUCUCUCUCUCUCAUAUCCUGCUAUACUAAAAAACAUGGAUGACCCCCGCCCACCUGGCCACGUGUUUGCCCUGCCCUGGGCCAGCAGUCCCCCAGCAAAGACUUUCACAGAUAACACAUCACUUCCACAUACAUAUUUGAUAUUUUUUUUGUUUGUUUGUUUUGUUUUUUGUGCGUGUUUUUCUCUCUUCCUUUUUUUUUUUCAAAUUUAGCAGUGUCCAUGAGUAAUGUCUGUAGUUUGUAGAAUUAUUUUUCCCAUUUUUUCUCUUUCACAAAAAAAAAGAAACAAAAAAAAAAAUCAAGCGAAAGAAGGAAGGAAUUAAAAGCGUGUGGAGAAAGUCCUCAUCUAUGACUGCUUAUACUAAUUUUGGUAGCUUCUCAUCAGAAUGAAAAAGGAGUUGUCAGUCUGUUUACACACUGCUAUUCGGAGCUGUUUAAAGAUAUUCCACAAGCUCAGAGAAAACUGGCCAAUGUUACCUUGUGUCUGAGAUAGUAGCUUCCAUUGCCUGCUCUCUUAAGCAGAUUCAUCUUUGUUAACCAACACAGCAUUCUCCAUCCACCAGUCUGUAAAGGUAGAGCGCAGUGUUAUGGAUUGAAAUCAAAUACGCAUCUUUUUAUUUCAGGUUUCUUAUUUUCCUAUGAAUUGUGUACCUGCGGGUCAUAGCAUAUCCACUA